GAACGCCAUUCCAUCCCAAAGCAUCACGAUGGAGUGGAAUUGGACCUUUCUUUUCCGUAGCUUCCUGUUAUUGACUCUUCACUUGCUUCCACAAUCAGCGGCGGACGACUGCAUCGACAUGGACCUGCAUUCAAUGGAAGUCGCCCGCUGCUGCCGAUACGAACCCAUCAGCACGGAGGAGGUGGCCGAAAAGUGCUACCAAGAGUUGGCUCCGAAUAUCCCUCCGAACUCAUCCGAUUUCCCCGUGUGCUUCAUCGACUGUUCCUACCGCCAGAUGGGCUACAUAACGAACGAAGCGAACGAAAUCGAUCAGUCAAAGUAUGGUCAAUUUCUAGCGGGAUUCGAUACCGCUUUCAAGAUUGCCGUGGAAAGGGCGGUGGCUGCUUGUGCAACGGUACAGGAGGACAUUCGGCGUGAUGUGGCGAACGUGCCCUCGAAGUGUAAUGCAUUUGCGCUGCUGUUCCACGUGUGCGUUACGCAGAUAACGCUGAAGCACUGUCCCGACGAUCGGUGGACGGCGAGCGAAAUCUGUGGCAAGUCCAUUAAGGUAGCCUCCUGCUGCCAGCUGGAAGCGUUCUUAACUCUACCGACGUACGGGAAUUGUUUGCAAACUAUGGCCGAAAAGUAUCCCGAUGCUGUAUGGCAGGGAACGGUGUGUGCCUUCGAUUGUACGUAUCGGGAGAUGGGUAUACUGACGGGUGUGGAUGACAUUAACGUGGAACAGAUCAGCACCAACCAAGCGGGGUACGAUCAGGCGUACCAAGAGGCGAUUGCCAAAGCGGUCACUGCCUGCAUGGCACAGAAGGAUAAGAUACGCGAGGAGGCUGAUGUGGUCCAGUCGGAGUGUAGUAUGUUUGCGGUCAAGUUUCACGCCUGUGUUUCACUGGAAACGAUGAGGAACUGUCCCGCCGAACGGUGGGACUCGAGUGUGUUGUGCGAAAAGGUGCGGAGUGGGGUGACCGUGUGUCCACUGUGAACAGGCAAGCCUGUAAAGCUUGUUGUCAGUGAAAAGUACAGUGAGAAGGUUUGAGGAGCUCAGUGUAAUAAAGCAGUACAAUAUAAUCUACACAUUUUAUUUGUUGGGAUAAUUGGAUUUUUUGCUAUAAUUUACACACACUCAUUGCUACCUAGAUCAUUACUAUUCGUAGGGGAAGGUAGGUAAAGACGGACACUGCGGGUAAGAUGGACACUUCUCAUAAAUGCAUGAAAAAGGUAAUUUUCGAGUAAUUCAACAAUGUAGAAUCCAAACUGAAGGUAAAACAACACAUUUGAGAACAUUUUUGGCAUAAUAUAUAUAAAAUUGGUUAAAUCCACGAACAAAACAAAUUUUCAAUCAUGUGCACCCUUGUGGAUCUAAUUUGACUACUGCCGAUCUUAAGCUCUACAACUUGUAUUGUUUAUAUUUCCGGAAGUUUUAAUUCAUGAAUGGGUUGUCGUGAUCAUUAAUGAAAAAACUGGCGAAAGAACGAGGAUAAAAGCAAUAUAAAAUAUUGUUUUCUGGUGGUUUAAACAUUCUGACAUCAAAGCGGGAAAGACGGACACCUUGUUGUAGGGAAAGAUGGACACCGAAUUUAUUGAUUUUUUUACUUCUUAUAUCAAUAGGUGAUGAAUAAAUUUCUUCAAAUACCUUAAAUAAGGGUAUUCCGAUGCUAUAAAUCAAUCAGUAACUAGAGAAAGUAUUGAAAUAAGCGAGAAAUGAAACACCGGUCAAAAUAGUAGCCAUUCGUUAUGCUAUUACUCGCUCAACGCUGAUGAGGCGCUUCACGAAAUCCAAUAUCUUCUCAAGACUUGGACAACUUUAAGCAAUAAAAAGAUGAGACAUUUAUACGACAUUGUUCAGGAAUAGAUGAGAAAUUCUAUGGGAUUACAAAAAUCAAAUGUUGAAUUUUGACAUGGUGGAAAAUGGAUUAAACUAUG